AUGUCACACCCCCGUGUGGACGCUGGCGCUGGAAGCGAGCAAAAGACCAUUGUUGAUGUACCCACCGACAUUGACACAGAGAAUCAGCAGCUUCACAAACAGGGGGACCAGAAGAGAUCAGUAUAUGCGGGCCUAGGGUGGUUAGACCGCCUCCUCGUCCUCUGGAUCCUGUUAGCAAUCAUCGUCGGCAUCCUGCUGGGCAAUUUUGUCGACGGUGUCGGGCCGGCUCUCCAGAAGGGCAAAUUCGUGCAGGUCUCUGUGCCCAUAGCCGUCGGUCUCUUGGUCAUGAUGUACCCGAUCCUGUGCAAAGUCAAGUAUGAGACCUUGCACCGCGUAUUUGCGCACCGGCAGAUCUGGAUUCAGCUGGGCUUCAGCGUCGUGGCCAAUUGGAUCAUUGCGCCUCUUCUUAUGCUCGGAUUGGCGUGGGCUUUCCUGCCUGAUCGACCUGAACUGCGGAACGGGCUCAUAUUCGUGGGCUUAGCACGCUGUAUUGCCAUGGUGCUGAUCUGGACAGGCCUCGCUGGGGGCGAUGAGGAGUAUUGCGCCAUUCUCGUGGCCUUCAAUUCCAUCCUGCAGAUGGUCCUCUACGCACCGCUGGCUAUCCUUUUCGUGAACGUCAUAAGCGGCGGCGGCGGCGGUCCCGAAGUCGCAUACGCAACAGUCGCCCAGAGCGUCGGCGUCUUUCUCGGGAUCCCGCUCGGAGCUGCCAUCGCCACGCGCCUGGUCCUCAGGAGUAUCAACGCCACGUGGUACGAGCGGAAAUUCCUGGUGUGGAUCGCUCCAUGGUCGCUCUUGGGCCUGCUGUACACGAUUCUCGUCCUAUUCGCGUCCCAGGGGAAGCAGGUCGUUCAUCAAAUUGUCUCGGUCGUUCGGGUGGCUGCUCCGCUCGUGGUAUAUUUUGUGGUUAUUUUCUUCGUGACGCUGGUGAUCACGAAACGCCUCGGGUUCGGAUACAAGCUCGCAGCGACUCAAAGCUUCACUGCCGCCAGCAACAACUUUGAGCUGGCCAUCGCGGUGGCGGUCGCGACUUUUGGAGCUAAUAGCGACGAGGCGCUGGCUACCACCGUCGGCCCGUUAAUAGAGGUACCGGUUUUGAUCUCGCUUGUGUAUGUUGUGAGAUGGAUCGCUGGUCGCUGGAACUGGCAGGACUGA